AUGCAUGGGGGUGGUUGUGAGCCUCCAGUUGCAGGUCUGCAGGCCCGGGAUCUGCAGAUCACCAGGUGGUGGGGAGCUCACUUCUUGUCACCAAGAAGGUGGGGAAGCGAGGAUGUGGGCACUGUGUUUCCCCAGUUUCUGGUGUGGGUGUCAAAGCACUCCCUGAAGAGUGCAGCCAGAAAUCACAACCAGGCCCUGACUAAAUGUGCCCAGAUGGGCAUCUGUAUCUGUUUCACUUGGUUUCUUGGUUCUUUGCUACAGGGGGAUCCGAAGGGUCAUUAUGUUUCUCAUCUGCCUGAUAACAGAACUCUGAUUUUUUCAGAUGCUAGGCAACAGUUUUUGAUCACAGAGAUGCUGGCCUCCCCACAAGAUCCAGAGGAGGACGAAUGCUUGGUCUAUGCAAUUGAUUUUGGUUAUGGAAAAAUUCCCACAGGUAUUCUGAGACAAGUAUUCCUUGAGAAUCACUGCCUUAGGGGAGGCUGUGACCCCUUGAGGAAGGACCCCAAUACACUGACAAAAAUUUUUACUGUUAAUCUUUCUCCCAGCCUUCCCCAAAGAGAUCUACAGCCUUUUACAAGAGUGACUAUUCAUUGGGGAAAAGGAAAUAAUCAAGGCUCUCAGGGAUUACUGGAUACUGGCUCUGAAAUGACUCUAAUUCCAGGAGGCCCAAAACAUCAUUUUGGGCCCACUAUGGCCGAAGUAGGGGCGUAUAGAGGUCAAGUUAUUAAUGGAGUCUUGGCUUAUGCCCAUCUCACAGUAGGUCCAGUGGGUCCCUGAACCCAUCCUGUAGUGAUUUCCCCAGUUCCAGAAUGCAUAAUUGGAAUAGAUACACUCAGCAACUGUCAGAACACCCACUUUGGAUCCCUGACAAACGGACUAAGGGCUACUAUCGUAGGAAAAGCCAAGUGGAAGCCAUUAGAACUGCCCCUACCUAGGGAAAUAGUAAACAAAAAGCAAUACCACGUUUCUGGAGGGAUUUCAGAGAUUACUGCCACCAUAAAGGACUUGAAGGAUGCAGGGGUGGUGGUUCCCACCACUUCCCCAUUCAAUUCGCUUAUUUGGCCUGUGCUAAAGACAGAUGGAUCUUGGAGAAUGACAGUAGGUUAUCAAAAGCUUAACCAGGUGGUGACUCCAAUUGCAGCUGUUGUUCCAGAUGUAGUUUCAUUGCUUGAGCAAGUUAAUAGUUCUCCUGGUACCUGGUAUGCAGCUAUUGAUCUGUCCAAUGCCUUUUUCUCCAUAUCUGUUUUGAAGGACCAUCAGAAGCAGUUUGCCUUCAGCUGGCAAGGCCAGCAAUACACCAUCACUUGCCUACCUCAACACUACAUUGACACUCCAGCUCUGUGUCAUAAUUUAGUCCAAAGGGACCUUGAUCACUUUUCUCUUCCACUAGACGUCACACCCCAUUACUUUGAUGACAUUAUGAUGAUUGGACCUAGUAAGGAAGAAGUGUCAAAUGGCUCUGGACUUAUUUUGGUAAAACAUUUGCAUGCUAGAGGGUGGGAAAUUAAUCCCACAAAAAUUCAGAUGCCUUCUACCUCAGUGAAAUUUCUAGGGGUCCAGUGGUGUGGGGCAUGUUGAGAUAUUCCUUCUAAAGUGAAGGACAAGUUAUUGCAACUGGCUGCUCCCACAACUAAAAAGGAGGCACAAUGUCUUGUGGGCCUCUUUGGAUUUCAGAGACAACACAUUCCUCAUUUGGGUGUGCUACCCCAGCCUAUUUAUCAAGUGACUCGAAAAGCUGCUAGUUUUGAGUGGGGCCUAGGACAAGAGAAGGCUCUGCAACAGGUUUAGGCUGCUAUCCAAGCCACUGUACCACUUGGGCCAUAAGAUCCACCUGAUCAAAUGGUGCUUGAAGUGUCAGUGGCAGUUAGAGAUGCUGCUUGGAGUCUUUGGCAGGCCCCUGCUUGUGAAUCACAGUGCAGACCCUUAGGAUUUUGGAGCAAAGCCCUGCUAUCCUCUGCAGAUAAUUACUCUCCUUUUGAGAAACAGCUGUGGGCUUGUUACUGGGCCUUAUUAGAGACUGAAUGCUUAACCAUGGGACACAAUGCCACCAUGCAGCCUGAACUGCCCAUCAGGAACUAGGUGUUGUCUGACCCACAGAUUCAUAAAGUUGGAUGUCCACAGCAGUGCUUCAUCUUUAAAUGGAAGUGGUAUAUACAAGAUCAGGCCCGAGCAGGACCUGAAGGCACAAGUAAGCUGCAUGAGGAAGUGGCUUAUAUGCCCAUGGUCUCCAUUCCUGUCACAUUGCCUUCCAUCUCCCAGUCUGCACCUAAGACCUCAUGGGGAGUUCCUCAUGAUCAGUUGACUGAAGAAGAGAAAACUCAUGCCUGGUUUACAGAUGGUUCUGCAUGAUAUCCAGGCACCACUCGCAAGUGGACAGAGGCAGCACUACUCCUUUCUGGGACCUCUCUGAAGGACAGUGGUGAAGGGAAAUCCUCUCAGUAGGCAGAACUUCAAGCAAUGCACCUGGUAGUUCACUUUGCUUGGAAGGAGAAAUGGCCUGAUGUGAGACUGUAUACUGAUUCAUGGGCUAUGGCUGAUGGUUUGGCUGGAUGGUCAGGGAUAUGGAAGGAACACGAUUGGAAAAUUGGAGACAAGAACUUAUGGGAAAGAGGUAUGUGGAAAGACUUCUCUGAAUGGACCAAAGAAGUGAAGAUAUUUGUGUCUCAUGUGAAUGUUUGCCAAAGGGUGACAUCAGCAGAGGUUGAUUUUAAAAAUCAAGUGGAUAGGAUGGUGCGUUCUGUGGAAACCAGUCAUCCUUUUUCCCUAGCUACUCCCAUCGUUGAGCAAUGGGCUCAUGAACAAAGUGGCCACAGUAACAGGGAUGGAGGUGACUUCCACUCACCAAGGCUGACUACAGCCACUACUGAGUGCCCGAUCCGCCAGCAGCAGAGAUCAACACUGAAUCUCCAACAUGACACCAUCCCGCAAGGGGUUCAGCCAGCAAUUUGGUGGCAAUUUGAUUACAAUGAACCACUUCCAUCACAGAAAGCACAGCAUUUUGUUCUUACUGGAAUAGACACUUAGUGUGGAUAUGGAUUUGCCUUCCCUGCAUGCAAUGGUUCUGUCAAAACUAUCAUCUGUGGACUUACAGUAUGCCUUAUCUACCAUCAUGGUAUCCCACAUAGCAUUGCCUCAGAUGAAGGAACUCAUUUCACAGCAAAUGAACUGUGGCAGUGUGCCCACGCUCAUGGAAUUCAUUGAUGUUACCAUGUUUCCCACCAUCCUGAAGCAGCUGGCUUGCUAGAAUGAUGGAAUGGCCUUCUAAAGACACAAUUAUGGUGCCAGCUAGGUGGCAAUACCUUUCAGGGCUGGGGCAAUGUUCUCCAGGAGGCUGUAUAUGCUCUAAACCAGGGUCCAAUAUAUGUUUCUGUUUCUCCCAUAGUCAGGAUUCAUGGGUCCAGGAAUCAAAGAAUGGAAAUGAGAGUGACACCACUCACUAUUACUCCUAGUGACCCGCUUGCAAGAUUUUUGCUUCCUGUCCCUACAACCUUAUGCUCUACAGGUCUAGAGGUCUUAGUUUCAAAGGGAGGAAAGCUUCCACCUGGAGAUACAUCCCUGAUUCCAUUGAACUGGAAGCUAAGAAUGCCAACUGGCCUCUCUGGGCUCCUUAUGCCUCUGGAUCAACAGGUAAAGAAGGGAGUUACCAUACUGGCCGAAGUGAUUGAUCCUGGUUACCAAAUUGAUAUUACAUAAUGGAAGUAGUACACCUGGAAUGCAGGUGGCCCCUUAGGGCAUCUCUUAGUACUACCAUGCCCUGUGAUUAAAGUCAAUGUAAAACUACAGCAACUCAGUUCUGACACAACUAAUGAUCCAGACCUUUCAGGAAAGAAGGUUUGGGUCACCCCAUUAGGCAAAGAACCAUGACCAGCUGAGGUGCUUGCUGAGGGCAAAGGGAAUACAUAAUGGGUAGUGGAAGAAGGCAUUUCCAAAUACCAAUUAUGGCCAUGUGACCAGUUGCAGAAACGAGUACUGUAA